CGGCGGCGAGUUCGACAUGGAACUGAACUUCGUGAUCCAGGACGCACAGAACAUCAAGCACAUGCUGGAACUGCUGGACCACUGCCCGCCCAACCUCCAGGCGGAGAUCUGGAGCGUCUUCAUCGCAAUCUUGCGGAAGAGCGUGCGCAACCUGCAGGCGUGCACGGACGUGGGCCUGAUCGAGCACGUGCUGCACAGGCUGAGCCGCGCGGACACGGUGGUCGCGGAUCUCCUGAUUGAAAUGUUGGGCGUACUAGCCAGUUACAGUAUUACUGUUAAAGAACUGAAGCUGCUGUUUGGCGCAAUGAAGGCUGCGAACGGAAAGUGGCCAAGGCAUUCACCAAAACUCCUAAAUGUUCUGCGUCAGAUGCCUCAAAGGAAUGGGCCAGAUGUGUUCUUCAGUUUCCCUGGCCGAAAAGGCUCUGCCAUCGUUUUGCCUCCCCUUGCAAGGUGGCCGUAUGAAAAUGGUUUUACUUUCACAACCUGGUUCCGUUUAGAUCCCAUUAACUCUGUAAAUAUUGAGAGGGAAAAGCCAUAUUUGUACUGUUUCAAAACAAGCAAGGGAGUUGGAUACUCGGCACAUUUUGUUGGAAACUGUUUAGUGCUGACGUCUAUGAAGGUGAAAGGGAAAGGUUUCCAGCACUGUGUAAAAUAUGAGUUUCAACCUAGAAAGUGGUAUAUGAUUGCUAUUGUGUAUAUAUACAAUAGAUGGACAAAAAGUGAAAUAAAAUGCCUUGUUAAUGGACAGUUAGCUUCCAGUACAGAGAUGGCGUGGUUUGUUUCAACAAAUGAUCCAUUUGACAAGUGUUAUAUUGGUGCUACUCCAGAACUGGAUGAAGAAAGAGUCUUUUGUGGCCAGAUGUCAGCAAUUUAUCUGUUUAGUGAAGCAUUAACGACACAUCAGAUAUGUGCUAUGCACAGACUUGGCCCUGGCUACAAAUGUCAGUUUCGGUUUGACAAUGAGUGCAACCUGAGCCUGCCCGACAAUCACAAACGGGUGAGUGAGCCGGCCGCUGCAGCCCCCGCCCCCGCCCCCUCACGCAUGCUGGACAACCACGCCUUGCUCUCUGUGUUGUAUGAUGGGAAACUGUCAAGUGCCAUUGUGUUCAUGUACAAUCCUGUAGCAACAGACAGCCAAUUGUGUUUGCAGUCUGCCCCAAAAGGCAAUAUUUCGUAUUUUGUACAUACUCCUCAUGCGCUUAUGCUACAGGAUGUCAAAGCAGUCAUUACUCAUUCCAUCCACAGUACUCUUAAUUCUAUAGGGGGAAUUCAAGUCCUGUUUCCACUAUUUUCACAACUUGAUAUGCCUUAUGACUGUGGUGUUGGAGCAACAGAUACCAAGAAAGACUCUUCACUAUGUUCAAAACUUCUUGGGUUUAUUUGUGAGCUUGUUGAGAGCUCUCAAACUGUUCAGCAGCAUAUGAUACAGAAUAGGGGUUUCCUUGUGAUCAGUUACAUGCUUCAGAGAUCAUCAAGAGACCAUUUAACACUGGAAGUGCUCAGUUCAUUUCUUGGACUGACAAAAUACCUUGUGACAUGCCUGAGCUCAAAUAGUGAACUGCUUCUGAAACAGCUGCUGGACCAUGUGCUGUUCAACCCUGCAUUAUGGAUCUACACCCCUGCACCAGUACAAACUCGGCUCUACUCCUACUUAGCAACAGAGUUCCUUGCCGAUACCCAGAUCUACUCCAAUGUGCGCCGUGUUUCAACAGUCCUACAGACGGUGCACACACUGAAGUACUAUUAUUGGGUAACAAACCCUCGUGCCAAAAGUGGAAUAACACCUAAAGGACUAGAUGGACCAAGACCACCACAGAAGGAUAUACUGGCAAUACGUGCAUACAUUCUCUUAUUUCUAAAACAGCUGAUUAUGAUUGGAAAUGGAGUAAAGGACGAUGAACUACAAAGUAUUCUAAAUUACCUCACAACGAUGCAUGAAGAUGAGAAUUUACAUGAUGUACUGCAGAUGCUUAUAUCAUUAAUCUCUGAACAUCCAGCUUCAAUGGUUCCUGCAUUUGAUGUGAAACAAGGAGUACGCACUAUCUUCAAGUUACUUGCCGCUGAGAGUCAAUUGAUCAGGCUCCAGGCACUGAAGCUCCUGGGUUUCUUUCUGAGCCGCAGCACACACAAGAGGAAAUAUGAUGUCAUGAGCCCUCAUAAUCUUUACACGUUGCUUGCUGAGAGACUGCUGCUAAAUGAAGAAACUCUGACUCUGCCAACAUAUAACGUACUAUAUGAGAUAAUGACAGAGCACAUCAGUCAACAGAUACUGUAUACAAGACAUCCAGAACCUGAGUCACACUUUAGACUGGAAAAUCCAAUGAUCUUGAAGGUUGUUGCCACAUUAAUCCGCCAGUCUAAACAGACAGAACAACUUUUGGAUGUUAAGAAGCUGUUUCUAUCAGAUAUGACCUUGCUUUGUAAUAACAAUAGAGAAAACAGGAGAACAGUCCUUCAGAUGUCAGUGUGGCAGGAAUGGCUAAUAGCAAUGGCAUACAUCCAUCCAAAAAAUACAGAAGAGCAAAAGAUUUCAGACAUGGUGUACUCCUUGUUUCGAAUGCUACUUCAUCAUGCCAUUAAGCAUGAAUAUGGAGGAUGGAGAGUUUGGGUUGAUACUCUCGCAAUUGUUCAUUCAAAAGUCUCAUAUGAAGAGUUUAAGCUGCAGUUUGCUCAAAUGUAUGAACAUUAUGAAAGGCAGAGAUCAGACAACAUCACAGAUCCAGCUGUGCGCCAGCAGAGACCUAUUAGCACAAUCUCUGGCUGGGACCAGCAGCAUCACAUUGUUAAUGGUUACCACCACAGUCACCCGACAGUCUCCAAUUGGCAGUCCUCAGCGGACAGUAAGGACAUGCCUCCUGUGUGCAGCUGUGGUCUGGGAUCACCAGAGCAUGAGGAUACUGCCAAGUGUGGCAGUGAAGAUGAUAAGCAGCCAAGUGACAUGCUUUCCAUAGGUUCAAGUACAUGCAAUCUCUAUAGUGAUGUAUGCAAAGCGGAAUCGUCAUCACUCAACAUUGAUGACAACCACAACUCUGAUACAGAUAGACCAAAGUUUGAAGCUGGUGACAGACUAGAAGAAAGUUCUCCAACACCACAAAUGGAAGGCUCAUCCCAACCCACUGUAACAACAGAGGGUAGCUCAGAAGAAGCCCUCGUGUCUCCGGUUUCUGGUACAGACGGUGCAAGUGUAGACUUAGAUGUGUACAAGGGUGAGGAAGAGACCUCAAUAGAAGGAAUCAGUGGCAGUUGUGAGGAUAGUGGUGUUGUUGAAGGUUCUUAUAGUGAGGGUGCUGCUAAAGAUGUUUCAGAUGCGUGUGAGACAGCUCGUGACGAAAAUGAGAAGGUUUUACUUUCUGAAAGCAGAGAAGAAAGUACUGAAAGCAGUGUAACAGAGAAUGUGGUGAGUGGUGUAGAUGUAGUAGAAAGUGUUAGUAAAGAUAUUGCUCAAAAACCUGAGGGAGAAAGUACUGCACAAGUGUUUGAAUUAGAUUCUUCCCAUCUUAGUUCAUUAGAGGCAGAUACUAGUUUUGAUGAAUUAGUGGAAACUAAAAAUGAAAUCCUCAAGAAAGAGUCAGAUGUUUUAGAGUUUGUUAGCAGGGAGAUGACAGUACAAGUUGAAAGGGAAGUUAUUGACAGUGACACAUCGGAAGCGUACUUGACACCAACUGACACUACUGAUGUGACCAGUGAGAAGAAAGAUAAUGAAGUUGAAGAAUCAGAAGAGCGACUUCAAGAGCCAAAAGAUAAGAAUGUGGAUUUGGAAGCAAAAAGUGACGUAGAGGGAAGAGUUGUGACAGAUGAAAGUGUUCUAGUAGUGGUUGAUAAAGAUAGUGUAGAUUUUUCUCCUCUGCAUGAGGAAGACAGGUAUCAGGAUGAUGUUUCUUGUGCUGCAGACAGUGAGAGAGACCAAGAAAAUAGUGCAGUCAGUAGCGUAGGAGCCAUUGUGAUUCCUAGUGUAGAAUCUGAACCAUGCACUCACAGUGAAAGUGAAGAACGGGUGCUCAGUGAAAGUGAAAGAACAGAUUUCUUAAAAUCUGAAGUGACGGACUUUCCAGCUAGUGACAUAAGCUGUCAAAAAGCUGAGGUAGAUUAUGUAAAAGUGACUGCUGCCUCUGACAGCUUAAAUAAUGAUUGUGAUAUGUUAUCUCAGAAUUCUUCUCAGGUGCCAAAUAUUGUUGAAAGUGAGUCUAAUGAGAAUGGUGAUGAAAAUAAGGCCUUUAGAACUGUAGAUUGUGAGGUAAGUGAUAGGACUACUAUUACAGUGGAAAGUGAAAUAGUGCCUCCGCAAUCGAGCGAAGAAAUUUCUGUAAAUAAUACCUCAGAUGUACCUGCAUCCACUGCUGAAACGAAAGACAGUACGGCUCUUGAACAGGUUGGAGACACUGUGUGCACUACUGCAAUCCCUACUUAUCAAGCAUCACCUCAAAAGCGGCCACACAGCUCUUCGACUUCGACACAAGUGGAUCCAGUUCACUUUGAAACAAAACGAACAAAACCAUCACCAGUGCCUCAAAAUUCCUCUCGCCCCAUGUUUAGUCCUGGGCCAACGAGACCACCUUUUAGAAUACCAGAAUUCAAGUGGUCUUAUAUCCAUCAGCGUUUGCUAUCUGAUGUCCUUUUUUCUCUAGAGACUGAUAUUCAGGUUUGGAGAAGCCAUUCAACGAAGUCUGUACUAGAUUUUGUAAACAGCAGUGAAAAUGCUAUUUUUGUUGUAAAUACUGUGCACCUGAUUUCACAAUUAGCAGACAACCUCAUUAUUGCCUGUGGUGGCCUUUUACCUUUGUUGGCAUCUGCAACAUCACCUAAUUGCGAGCUUGAUGUAAUUGAACCUACUCAGGGGAUGCCUAUUGAAGUCGCUGUUUCAUUCCUGCAGCGGCUUGUCAACAUGGCAGAUGUUCUUAUUUUUGCCAGUUCACUCAAUUUUGGUGAACUAGAGGCUGAGAAAAAUAUGUCAAGUGGUGGAAUUCUUAGACAAUGCUUGAGACUAGUAUGUACAUGUGCUGUGCGAAACUGUCUGGAAUGUAAAGAACGCUCGAGACAGUUUCCAACACCCACUCCAACAACUGUCAACAACAACAACAAAGCAGCUCAUCUUCAGUCACUCAUUAGAGGGGUUCAGGCGUCACCCAAGAAUAUAGUUGAAAAUCUUGCUAGCCAGUCGAGCCCAGUAAAAGACCCAGAGAAACUCUUGCAAGACAUGGAUGUAAAUAGACUACGAGCAGUAAUUUAUAGAGAUGUGGAGGAGACCAAACAAGCACAGUUCCUGUCACUGGCCAUAGUUUACUUCAUUUCGGUGUUGAUGGUGUCCAAGUAUCGUGACAUACUGGAGCCGCCAGUCGCGCCACGGCCUCCCAGCCCGGGGCCAGGUCCAGUGCUGCGGAACGAUGGUGGUUCCCACCACAGCAGCAGUCCUCCAGAGACUGGAGCGAGGCCUCUCUUCCCACAGUGGUCCCAUCAUGUUUAUCCUCAGUUCCUUCCUGGGUCUCAUCCCAAUGCUGUUCAACAGCCUUUCCUUCGCCGUCAUCCUUUUUACAAAAAUCACAACAACAACAAUAACAACAACAACAACAACAACAACAAUCAUGUGCCAACUAGGUAUAGGAACUCAACCAUAAAUAAUCAAGCUCACCCUCGUGAAAUAUGCCAACAACUUUCUCAUGACGAUGGUGAAUAUGAAGUAAUAGUCGUAGAUGAAAAUAACUCAUCUGUCCUGGCUGACCACGACACUCAUUCGAGUGGACCACCAUCUCUUAAGAGUGGAGACUCUGCAGAAGACAGUAGUUCACUUCAGCUAAACACAACAGAGCAUAUGCAAAAUGCAGAACACAGUGAUGUAAAUGCAAUAACAGAAGAUGAGAGGUCUACACCGAUUGUCAAUGAUGAUAGCUGGACUGAUGUCAACUUAAAUGAAGAGGGUCCUGAGAUAGCAUUGUCAUCUGAUUCAAUGCAUAACAACUUGCAUGAUGGACAUGAUAACAGUCGUGGUGAAAAGCCUCGUGCAGAAAUAUCUGUUGUACGUGUUCCGGAUGGUAUGUGCCCUACUCCUGCACAGAUGAGGCCAGAUGAACUGCCCAUAAAACCUAUGGUUGAACACUUGGCUGUGCCUACGCCUUCUCGAGAGGCUUCACUCACACAGAAGCUAGAAAUGGCUCUGGGCUCUGUCUGUCCAUUACUGCGGGAAAUAAUGGUUGACUUUGCUCCUUUCCUCUCUAAAACCCUGGUUGGAUCACAUGGGCAGGAACUUCUAAUGGAAGGCAAAGGUUUAACAACUUUCAAAAAUAGCAAUUCUGUUGUUGAACUAGUUAUGCUCUUGUGUUCACAAGAAUGGCAGAACUCUCUGCAGAAACAUGCAGGCCUUGCAUUUAUUGAAUUGAUCAACGAGGGGCGAUUGUUAUCUCAUGCAAUGAAGGACCACAUUGUACGAGUGGCAAAUGAAGCAGAAUUUAUUUUAAACAGAAUGCGAGCUGAUGAUGUUCUGAAGCAUGCUGACUUUGAGUCACAAUGUGCACAGACACUUCUUGACCGCCGAGAGGAAGAGAGGAUGUGUGACCAUUUAAUCACAGCUGCCCGCCGUAGGGACAAUGUUAUAGCAAGUAGACUUUUGGAAAAAGUUCGCAACAUUAUGUCCAACAAGCAUGGAGCAUGGGGAUACAUGGACCCACAAGCAGCAAAAAUGAAUGAAUUCUGGAAACUGGAUGCCUGGGAGGAUGAUGCUAGACGCAGAAAGAGAUUUGUCCAUAAUCCGCUGGGUUCAAGCCAUCCAGAGGCAACUCUUAAGGCUGCACUUGAACAUGGGGCUCCAGAAGAUGCAAUCCUGCAGGCAAGAGAAGAGUUCCAUGCACAGCUCGCAGCAUCCCGCGCACAACAGCAGCAACUGCAGUCUAAUGAUCUGAUGGAUGACAGUGAACUGCUAGCUGAUGACCGUGAUCUUGAUGUUGAUCUCACUGGUCCUGUGAACAUCAGUACUAAAGCAAAGCUGGUAGCACCAGGCAUUGUAGCACCUGGCAUGGUAUCUAUUACAUCAACAGAGCUGUACUUUGAAGUAGACGAGGAUGAUCCUGAGUACCGGAAGAUUGAUUCUGAGGUGCUCAAGUACUGCGACCACCUCCAUGGCAAGUGGUACUUCUCGGAGGUGCGAGCCAUCUUCUCGCGCCGGUACCUGCUGCAGAAUGUCGCCAUCGAAAUCUUCCUCGCCAGCAGAACGUCCAUCAUGUUCGCAUUUCCGGACCAGGCGACGGUCAAGAAGGUGAUCAAGGCGCUGCCGAGGGUCGGAGUCGGCAUCAAGUACGGCAUCCCGCAGACCAGACGGGCCUCCAUGAUGUCGCCGCGCCAGCUGAUGCGCAAUUCGAACAUGACGCAGAAGUGGCAGCGGCGGGAGAUCUCCAACUUCGAGUACCUCAUGUUCCUCAACACCAUCGCCGGGCGUACAUACAAUGACCUCAACCAAUACCCCGUGUUCCCGUGGGUGCUCACCAACUAUGAGACAAAGGAGUUGGACCUGAGUCUCCCUAGUAACUAUCGCGACCUCUCAAAGCCAAUUGGAGCUCUGAAUCCCAGCCGCAGAGCUUACUUUGAGGAGCGCUAUGCUAGCUGGGAGCACGAGUCCAUCCCACCGUUCCAUUACGGCACACAUUACUCCACUGCUGCAUUCGUACUCAAUUGGCUCAUCCGUGUGGAACCAAUGACAACAAUGUUUCUGGCACUCCAAGGUGGAAAAUUUGAUCAUCCUAACAGGCUGUUUUCAUCACUGGCACUAUCCUGGAAGAACUGUCAGAGGGACACCUCUGAUGUAAAGGAACUCAUACCAGAGUUUUUCUUCCUUCCGGAAAUGCUAGUGAAUGCAAAUCGUUAUAGACUGGGCCAGCAAGAAGAUGGCACAGCUGUAGGAGAUGUAGAACUGCCUCCCUGGGCUUCAUCUCCUGAAGAAUUUGUUCGUAUCAACAGAAUGGCCUUGGAAUCUGAAUUUGUGUCCUGCCAAUUGCACCAGUGGAUUGACCUCAUUUUUGGAUAUAAACAGAGGGGCCCUGAAGCCGUCAGAGCAACAAAUGUCUUUUACUACUUGACAUAUGAAGGAAGUGUGGACAUGGACAGUAUUAGUGAUCCAGUAAUGAAAGAGGCCAUUGAAAAUCAGAUUCGUAAUUUUGGCCAAACACCUUCGCAGCUUCUAAUGGAGCCACACCCUCCUAGGAGUUCUGCAAUGCAUCUGUCUCCAAUGAUGUUCUCCAGCAUCCCAGAAGAUGUCUGCAUGACAAUGAAAUUUCCAUCUAACUCACCUAUUUGUCACAUUUCGGCAAAUACGUAUCCCCAGUUGCCACUUCCGUCCGUUGUCACUGUGACUGCAAACCAGCAGUUUGCACUAAACAAGUGGAACACUAGCUAUGCAGCAUCUGUUCAGUCCCCGAGCUACGCUGAGACUCCACAGACACCCACAGCAAAUCUUCCACUGUCAAUGGACCCUGUACUUUCACAAUCAGGCAGCAGUUCAAAUCCAGCCAUGAGGAGACAUCUUGGUGAUAACUUCAGCCAAAAGAUACGGAUACGUUCCAACUGUUUUGUGACAACAGUAGACAGCCGUUUUCUUGUUGCUUGUGGUUUCUGGGACAACAGCUUCAGAGUGUUCUCUACUGAGACUGCAAAGAUAGUUCAAAUAAUUUUUGGUCACUAUGGUGUAGUUACGUGUCUCUCACGCUCUGAGUGCAAUAUUACAUCAGACUGCUAUAUAGCAUCAGGCUCAGCUGACUGCACAGUAUUGCUAUGGCACUGGAAUGCACGAACACAAACCAUUGUUGGGGAAGGUGAAGCACCUACGCCACGUGCCACUCUCACAGGCCACGAGCAGCCCGUCACCAGUGUCGUGAUUUCUGCCGAGCUUGGACUUGUAGUAUCAGGUUCAACAAAUGGACCUGUUCUUGUUCAUACAACAUUUGGAGAUCUUCUAAGGUCUUUGGACCCUCCUUCAGGAUUCCAGUCUCCAGAGAACAUAGCUAUGUCUCGAGAGGGUGUUAUAGUUGUCAACUACGAACGUGGACACAUAGCUGCAUUUACAAUAAAUGGAAAGAGACUUCGUCACGAAUCACAUAAUGACAACCUACAGUGUCUGCUUCUGAGCCGUGAUGGAGAGUAUCUCAUGACAGGAGGAGACAAAGGAAUUGUGGAAGUGUGGCGCACAUUCAAUUUGGCCCUCCUGUACGCAUUCCCAGCAUGUGAUAGCAGCGUUCGCUCCAUAGCUCUUUCGCAUGAUCAGAAGUUCUUAUUGGCUGGCCUUGCAACUGGAUCCAUAGUGGUGUUUCAUAUUGAUUUUAAUAGAUGGCAUCACGAAUUCCAGCAGAGAUACUGAAAGGAACCUUUGUAUUGUGCUCAUUUACUUCUGAAAAUGUGGUGUUCCACAUUUAGCUGAAAAGCCUGUGGAAAUGAAAUUCUACUUCAUUUGUUGUUAUAUGGUGCAAAAUGCAUAAAUUUGUUGAAUGGUUAAGAUAGAAAUAUUUUUGAAAUGUGUGAUGCAUGGAAUCUAUAAAAGUAUUCCCAAUGGUGUGCUUCAGACAGUUCAUCCAGUGAUCUAUUUGUAUCACAGGGAUAAUUUUGCAAGAAUUUUUAUAUAAUGAUUUUGUAGCAACAUGUCAGUUCUGUUAGAAUGUUUACACCAAUUUAUAUGUGUUCAGUAUGGAAACUGUGUGUAUUAUAAACUUUGAAUCUGAGAUGGAAAUGUGUGUGUAGGUGCAUAUUGGUUUCGUCACAAGGGAAUUUACCUUCCUGUUAUAUGACAUGUUGUCAGUCAUUUUACAUUUUCAAGGUAACAUAAACAGAGAAGAUACUAUUUUCAUUUACAGUUGAGUUCCUAAGCAUUAUAUAUUUUGAAUUUGAAUUGGAGUUGCAGUAUAAUGUUCACUAAGGCAUGGCAAAACCAUAUACAGAAAAAAAUAUUCUCUGGAACAUGUACAAAAGUAUUAUAUUCUGUUUCACAUUCCGUUGAGAGCAACAUUAACUGUAAAAAGAAAAGAAAAAGUGAAAAAAAGAAAAAAAUGCUGAGUUAUAAGAUGUAGUGUUCGUGAAGCAAGUAGAAUGUGCAGUAGUGUAUUGACACAAAAAUUCAAUUUUUGCCAGUUUCUGAUCAUGUGUCAUUAUUUGCUAAGAAACUGGGGAAUAAUAGAGCCAUACCGAUGAAGAGAAAUGUAACAAUAAAUUUAUUUUAGGUAAUUUGAAAUUUUUAAUACAUUUCUGUGAAGCUUUGGCUUUAAAUAUGUGUUUACACAUGAAGUGAACCAUUCAUUGUGUUUAAAGGAAGGCAAUUACAUUUGCGAAUGCUGAGACAUUGCUGUUUGAUUGUGAUUAUAUUAUGCUUGAAAUUGGACUGUACAAAUAUUAGCUAAUGCAGCUUUGUCCAAUGUUUCAUAUAAAAUAUUGUGAUACAGAACAUUGACAGAAUCGAGUAUUUUAUUGUCUGUACAUUCCAAGUGCUGUGAUUAUUUUCUUUACUCUUAGCUAAGGAAGAGAAACUGUGCUACAGCGGUUACAUGUCAUAGCAACUAUGUAAAUCUGUACAUAUUUCAAAUUUUGCAAGUACUUAAAUGAUGUCACACCAUAGAAAUAAGUGAAUUCAAUUACUAAGUUAACUUGAAUGCGUUUUCAGUUUGUUAAACAGGGGAGAACAUGUUUUAAAGAUUCUGAAACACUUUUUUUUUUUAAAUUUAUUAGUGAUAUGAUAGAGAGAUUGUGGCACAAUAAUUUCUGGGAUGGAACUGUUGGUAAAUACUACUCUGAGUACUGUACUUAAGACCACAUCACCUUGAGUUACGACUAGCUUUAUUUUUACACCUUUUCUCUCUCCAAAGUGUGUUUUUUUUUUUUCUCACCAUUCCUCAACUGUGUUGUCAGUUGUCAUUCUGAAAGUAUUCUGCCAUUAAAUUUGCUUUUCUAAUGUGUUCACAUCUUGGUGGUUGGAUUGAUAUUUCAAUUGUGGUUAUGGGGUUUGUGCACCAGUGGUUUUAGAAUAAAAAAUGUAGUUGUAGUGUACUAAACACUAGUAGUGUGAAUUCCAUUUUUAGGAAAACAACAGCUGCCAAAUUUUGUAUCUCUUCCCAGAUUCUUGGAAGAAAUCUUGUUGUAUUGUUCUACAUAACUAACUGCCUCUGCUUUUCAAAGUUCAGAAAGAAAAACCUCUGCAAAGAAAUUCAUUGUUCCCAUGUUGUUAUUAAUUUUAAAGUAUUUGAAACAGUACUUAAUUGUAUUUUGUACAUUGUAAUGUGUUGUGAGAAGUCAACUAAAAUAUGUACUUAAUUUAAAAAUUAGUUUCUUUAGUUUGUUGUAGAUGCAGUAGAAAAUUUUAUGAAAUUGUAAAAACUUUCACAAUGAGUAUAAUUUGGUAUUAGGUUUGGUGAGUGGACAGUGUGUUUGUUAUAUGAUUUAUAAUGAUAAAAUGUAGCAAGACUAAAUUCUUUGCCCUAGCAAGCAACUAAACAAUGAGAAAAGAGAUGGAGACAUCUUAAUUUAAAAACAACACACUUCUUUACUCUCCAGAUCUAAUAAGGCAUUUGCUCAGUAACUUGAUAUAAAUGAAUAAAAUAUUAUUCAAAUA